UUGUAAGUGCAUUUAUUAAAAUCUGUCUUUUUAUUUCAGACUCGGUACCUGAAUAAUAAUCCCCUUGCUUUAGUCUCUAUUAUACGUGAGUGCCUCAAAACAGAACUUCAUCUGGUUCAGCAACAUGAAAAUAUGUUGGGAGGUGUUACACAUGUAACUAACAUGGUUGUAGAACCAUGUGCUGAAAUUGUUAGUGAACUUGAGAUAUUACACCGGUGUACUCGAGAAACAGCAGAUGAGUUAAGACACCUGGAACAAGAACAAGAAUCAUUUGCUCUACAGUAUCAUGACUGUGCAAAAAUUAAUGCUCAUCUGUCUCACAUUCAAGGUCAGGAGAGAACUGCACAGAAUCGAGAAAUGGAACAGAACUUGAGGAGACGGAAAGAAAUUGGUGAGCAGCAGUUGGCACAAAAGGUGUCAGGUUUACUACAGCGUCGCAUGGACUUGGCAGAGAAGCACAAAGCAACCAUCGACCGCUUAAACAGUCUCCAGCAGCGCAUUCUCGAUGAAGAACUUAUUAACUGGAAACGGGAACAACAAAUGGCAGGAAAUGGAAAACCUUUUACUCAAAAUAAACUUGACCAGAUACAGGAGUGGUGUGAGGCACUAGCUGAAAUAAUUUGGUUGAACCGGCACCAGAUAAAAGAAUGUGAGCGACACCAAACAAAAAUACCUAUAGCACCACCUGGAGGUGUUGAUAUGCUUCCCACUCUCAACUCCCACAUCACCCGCCUCUUGUCUUCUCUUGUCACAAGCACCUUCAUCAUUGAGAAACAGCCACCACAAGUGAUGAAAACAAACACCCGCUUCACAGCGACAGUACGUUUGUUAGUGGGUGGCAAACUCAAUGUCAACAUGACGCCGCCUCAGGUGCGAGUGUCAAUCAUCAGUGAAGCACAAGCCAAUGCUCUUCUUAAGAAUGAUCAAAUGAACAAGGGUGAACAGUCAGGAGAAAUUCUUAAUAACACAGGCACCAUGGAGUACCAUCAGGGCACAAGACAACUGUCAGUUAAUUUCCGAAAUAUGCAGCUGCGCAAAAUUAAACGAGCAGAAAAGAAAGGUACAGAAUCUGUAAUGGAUGAAAAAUUUUCCUUGCUCUUCCAGUCACAGUUCAGCGUUGGUGGUGGUGAACUUGUUUUUCAAGUGUGGACAUUGUCAUUACCAGUGGUUGUGAUUGUCCAUGGUAACCAGGAACCUCAUGCAUGGGCAACAGUUUCCUGGGACAAUGCUUUUGCAGAACAAGGACGCAUACCUUUCACAGUUCCUGAGAAGGUACCGUGGCCCCAGAUUGCAGAUAUGUUAGAUUCCAAGUUUAAGUCUGCUACUGGUCGAGGACUGACUGAUGAUAACCUCAAGUUCUUAGCAGGCAAGGCUUUCAGGUUAGACAGGUGUGUCUAUUUAUUCUGAUAAAACAUUUAGUGCA